AUGUUCGAGGAGUCAGAGAUCCAAAGAAGGCUCGAUAGUGUUUACGAUGAUACGACCUUUCUAUUACAUUCAGCUUCCGAUAUCACUGUUACUUUCGAGGAAAUAAAAAGGGCCAUUGCGCAAGCAAACCCCCCUCCAAACGCUCGCGAAGUCCAUGAAAAACUUACCAAGUUAUUCUACGAUGCACAGUCAGUCCAGCUCAAGAUGUCCAACAACGUCGCCGUCGGAGAGCUACUGUGGGAAACUUACGACAUGCUCACCGAAGCCGGAUGCGUCACCAAACAAAGCCGUAGCGACUACGAAGACAAAGAAAAGGAAGCACGAAGACCCAACAACCGAGUCACAAGCCGCAUCGUUAUGUUGAAAGAAAGCGAACGACUCAAAGAACUAGCAGAGGAGAUCUUCAAAACGAAGAUGGAAGCGUUUGAAGAAGAACCCAAACAGAAUGAAAUAUCAGAGAAGCUCAAUCGAUUCGAAUUACUACUCCAAGAAACCGAGUCUUCGCUCAAGAGUGCCACCACCAGAAUCAAGAAAACGGAAAGUAUGGUAUAUGAUAAGUUAGUCAAACCAGAGACGAACAUUGCCAAACCAAUUGCUCAACUCGUCCAGACGAUGAACGAUAAAGUCGAUGACUUGCACAAUUUAAUGGAGAAGAACACGCAAAAAAUUUUGGAAAAAAUCGAUCAAAGAUUCGAUAUCCUACUACAAGCCCAGCUGAAUCCUUGCAGAAGAAUUGCCGACUCGCCGCCACAUCGAGAAGAAAAAGAUGAAAAUGAAAGGCCCAGAAAAAGAGGCCAAGAAGAAAGCGGACAAACUUAUUCGAAAAAGAGAAGGUCACCAGUCCCACGUAGAGUGGAAAUAGCAAGGAGUAAAUUGAACAGCCUAGCAAUCUGCGUUGAACGCCAAUUCGGACCUUCAUCACACCGACCGGCCUCGCAGUGCCCAUUUUGUGACGCUGAUUCAACACACAUACCCGAUGCAUGCCCCAUUGUCCCCACAAUUGAACAACGACUUAUGGAAGUACGUCGUAGAAAACUCUGUAAAAAAUGUCUAGCACCUCAGCAUCCCGGAUUCAGCUCAUGCUCCACGUCUUGUGAAUACUGUCAUAUGACCAAUCAUAACACCGCUCUCUGUUAUUUACCUGAAGAACGCACAAAUCUUCAGACCAUCAUCGACGACUGGAGAUACCAUCACGACAAGAGAUACGACUAG